AUGUCUGCAGAGCCGCAGCCCAUCGAUCCAGGACUGACGGAGAUCUCUCGAUCAACGGAUUCAUUCGCACAGCGCAUCGGCGUAAGACUCGUCACUGCAGUUGAUGAAAUUCUAACGGGAACGAAACUCAUCGCAGAAAAAUAUCGCCAGGAAACUAUGUAUUUGGCCAUUUGCUGGUUUUGUCUCUCUUUCGCCGGCUUCGGAGUUCAGACCAGCGUUCCCAACCAGAUCCGAUCACUGAGAAAUCUCAACUACGAAACUCAUCGCCAGUUCCGGGCAGACCAAGCUUUGAGUAAUAUCCGCAUCAACACCACUGUGGAAAAUCAGGAUUUCCGAAAUAUGUCAUUCGUCAGCGUCACAUGGCAACCGAAUGGUGGUGUCAGUUCCGAACAGAGCUUGAAGAUUCGCCAUGUUAAAUUCGAAAGAUGUACUUUCAAGAGAAACAUCUUUAUCAACGUCCAAACUCCGAAUACUCGAUUCGACAGUUGUACCUUUGAAGAGACUGUUUUCGAGGAUACCGAUCUGAAGUCCACUGAAGACCCCAAAUUUCAGACAUGUAUUUUCGACGAAAAGACAACAGUGAGGGAAAGUCAAGAGUGCUCACCUCAAGAUGACGAUGUAGCGGGGGACGCGGCCUACUGGGAAUACAUUGUCGCCUUGCUGGGAUCAAUGGCAGCAUUACCAGGCCUGGUAGCAUGCGGAUUUCUGAUGGGCCGCAUUGGCCGUAUCAACAUGCUGUGCGGUGGACUCUUCACUGGAAUGAUAUUCGCCCUUUUCUUCCGCUCGCUCAAAGCGCCGAGGCAGCUCUUCUCGCGAUUCUUUGCCUGUUUUCAGGCUUGCUGGUUCCGUCGUGAUAGACGAUCGACGGCGCUGGGAAUUUUUAUCGCUGUGUCACGUGGUGGCGCACUUUUAGGCUCAUUAUACGUUGUGAAUAUGCCGCUGUGGGCGGGCAGUUUUCUAGCAGCAGCGGCGCUUCUUGCCGGAGGAAUCUUCGCCAUUCGUAUUCAAGACACCGGAAAUCGACCCUUGCUUUAG